GCCCUGCAUCGAGCACACAUGUUGGAUUGACUGAAACUUCUGAGCUCGACCAUUUUUUUGACAUCCGCUAGUUUUUUGGCGAAGGUAGCUGCGAUUGAUUAGAAAAAAGGAUAAUAUUCUUUUCAUUCAGGAAUCCUAAUUACCUAGUUCGGUGAAGACAGACAAAAAAUGUUCAAAUCCAUUGCACCGAUCCUUUGUCAAGCUCCAGUGGAGACUUGCCUUGGCCAGCAAAACCGCGGCAUGGCUACACUGAAAGCCAUCUCCAUUCGUUUGAAGUCGGUCAAGAACAUUCAGAAGAUCACUCAAUCGAUGAAGAUGGUGUCUGCUGCCAAGUAUUCCCGCGCAGAACGUGACCUUAAGCAGGCCAGACCCUAUGGUGUUGGUGCCCAGCAGUUCUACGAAAAGGCUGAGGUUGUCCCAAAGGCGGAAGAGCCCAAGAAACUGUACAUCGCUAUCACCUCAGACAGAGGUUUGUGCGGAGCGGUUCACACCGGAGUGGCCCGUCAUAUUCGCGGUGAGUUGGCUGAGGAUGCCAACAUCAAAGUUAUCUGCGUCGGUGACAAGUCACGAGCCAUAUUGCAACGUCUUUACAGCAAGAACAUUGAGAUGGUGUGCAAUGAAAUUGGGCGUCUGCCACCAACCUUCUUGGAUGCGGCAAAACUCACCAAUGCCAUUCUGAAUCUGGGAUACGAUUACACUGAUGGAAAGAUCAUCUACAACAAGUUCAAGUCUGUCGUCUCGUACGCCGUCGCUGAUAUGCCAAUCUUCAGUUUGAAGUCUGUUGAAGCUGCUGAAAAACUGCCCGUAUAUGAUUCGCUCGAUUCCGAUGUCAUCCAAAAUUACUUGGAAUUCUCAAUGGCUUCGUUGUUGUUUUACGCGAUGAAGGAAGGCGCUUGUUCGGAGCAGUCAUCCCGUAUGACUGCUAUGGACAAUGCUUCCAAGAACGCCGGUGAAAUGAUUGACAAAUUGACAUUGACCUUCAACAGAACUAGACAGGCUGUCAUUACCCGAGAACUGAUUGAAAUCAUUUCGGGUGCUUCUGCUCUUGAAACCAAGGAUUAGAUGCAGACGGGUUUAUAACAUUCGAGCAGUUCCAGAACAUCAUUUCAAUGUGGUUUAAAAUCGUAUAUCUGUGUCGAGUUGCGGCAAAACACUGCGUUAACAUCUAAGCGAUAAAUAGUUCACAAUGUUCGAUUAUAUAAAAAUAGUAACAGAGA